CCCGCAUGCUCUCCAGACUCAUCUCCAAGCAAAUAAUGGAUCCUCGAUGAGCUUUCCGAAACUUGUUAAUUCCGCCUGAAUGCAAAGAGAUGCGCGGCGGUGUUGCGCGACGAAAGAGAAACCCACGCUACCCGAUAGCCAGCAGCUCUGUGCGAUAAGGAGGCGGAGUGUUUUUUGAAGGCAUUUUGUGCACGUCCAACCUGCGGAGAUGGACUCCCACAGCUUCGCGCAACCGUCACUAUCGCCAACCGAUUUUUUCAAUGGGCUGGAGUUGGCUCCCCCGGUGCCCGGUCCACGAUCUUACAAGUCGCGAAAAUAUCGGCCAUGCGACCUCUGCAGGCAAAGACAGGUGGCGUGCAAGAUCGAUAUCGGACCGCCGUGUUCCCUCUGCGCGUCUCACGGGCGACAGUGUACCUUCGUGGAACGGCCGAAAAAGAAGAGAAGGCCGAAUGUCGCUGCCAGCAAUGGCGAGGGCAGUGGAGUUUCUGCCUCGAUCCAACAAUUCGAUGUUACGGCGGCUCAACUAAGCCCCGGAUUCAUCGCACAGUACGAAAAUGAACAAACCUUCAAUGGCCUGAACGGGCACAACGGCCUGGGUGUAGACCCGGACUCAUCGCCGAACCAGCUGCACCAUCUUGGCCAAGAUGCGUCCCCAAUACACUAUAUGGAUCCGUACUUGCAAAUGAUGCAAGGAGGAAUACGGAUCCGGCCUCUGGACUCCCAAGCAAACAGGUGUGCUCGAUUUAUUGGUGAAACGGGGGAGUCGAAUCCAUACCUGCUGCGCCACUACAGAUACGAUGACAAUGAUGAAUGUACGAUUUCAAAAUUGACAUACCGCCGGAUCAAAAGCACCUCAAACCAGAAUGCAAUGCCAGGCGAGAAGGGAGAGCCUCCUGUUGUCUUCAUGCUCGCAGAUGACAGUAUGGCUCAGAAGGGCGAGCCCCGAGUCGAAGAAGACGUCCUUGCAAAGGGCCGCUCCGAUAUCGCCAAUAUGUUCACUGAACAAGAAGCCCUAAGAUUAAUAGGCCUGUUCUUCCGAUUUGUAUACCCAUACUUUCCUAUUCUGUCUAAAAGCGAAAUGUUCCUGAACGGGCAGAUAUCCCCCUCUGUACUGCACACAUUACCCAUAUCGUUAUUAUCUGCUAUGUAUGCUACAGCCUUGCCAUUUAUGCUUUAUGACGAUCUCCUUGCCACGACUAUAGUUCACUCUCCUCCUUCGACCAACCAGCUAUAUCGAAUAUCUUGGCUUGCCGUUACUCAAGAAUUGCACACACCUCGACUGGCCACUUUGCAAGCCUGCCUUCUCCUCCUCCAGCGAGCACCCACGAACCGAUACACGACUGAUACCCCUUGGAAAACAAGUCUUGUAGGAUGGUCAGUUAGUUUAGCACAGAUUUUAGGUCUCCCCAAGGAAUGCAGUGAUUGGACAAGCAUACCAACAUGGGAAAUGACCUUGAGGAAACGACUCUGGUAUGGGGUCUUUAUCAUGGAUAAGUGGGCCUCUCUUGGAGCAGGAAUGCCUAGCCAUAUACGUUCAGACGACUUCGACGUCCUUUCUUUGACUGAAUCGGACCUCGAGCCGCCAUCCCUUGAUCCCAACUCCAACGCCAUUCCUAAUUUUCUCGAUCCAGACACUGACAGCAGUCACUUCCGUCUGCUCUCGGAUCUCACCAUGAUAUUGAGCGAUAUCAUGGACUCGUAUUACUCAUUACGAGCUACGCAACGGACAUCUAAAGACUUCACACUCUCCCUAGAUCUUGCUCGGUCGCUGAGGACUCGAUUGAAGAUGUGGAACGAUUCCUUACCUCCUGGUCUGGCUCUACGGCAACCAGAACGUCUGGAUUCGAGAGGUAUGGCUCGGCUUAGCGGCAACCCUUCCCUCUCUCUAGCAUAUAUUGUCGCGACAAUGACUUUGUUCCGAGCUCUCCUUCGACCCCUCGCCAACUUGACGACUGUCGAGGAAGAAGAUCACGGGAUUGUGGGGAGCCGACUUGCUGUUCGAGCGGGAGCAAAAGAGUGUGCCAAAGAAGUCGUCGAAUUCGCAGAAAACCUGGGACGAGGGGCUUUGGAUGCAUUUUGGCAUUCCUGGUCACGAGCAAACUUCGCAAUAGCCUCAUCAUUCCUCAUGCAGCUCCUCGUCACGUCCGAGUCUGAAUCUGAGCAGAGCGAGAUCAACGAGUUACUGGCGCGCUGGCGCUGGGCCAUGCGGAUCGGGAGCGGGAGUACGGGGAACGGGUUGAUGAGUCUGGGUCUUUUGCGCUUAGAUGGCUUGCUCUUGGAAAAUGGGACUAUGCAGCCAGCUACAGGAUGAAAGGGUCGGAGCUCAAAAAACGGAACGGAAUAGGACUAGGAGUUUUGGUGGGUAGGUCGGGAAUUGGGUUUACACGAUUGGGAUGAUCUGAUGGGUGAAGGACAUUAAGGGUCGGGGAUGCCUCACGGCAUUUGGGGCGAUAGUUUGUUGAUACGUUCCGAGUCCACCAUGGAGGCAGAUGUCGAUUAAAAUUUGUUCUCUCCUGGGUCCUCUGUCUGGCCACUGUCACUUUUCCUGCCCCGCCCCCAACAGUCUGCCUCCUCAUGACGCUCUCGUAAGUACGGGCGAAUAAUCUUGCUACUGAUUUUUCUUUUUGCUCCUCAAUGUUCCAAGUAUUUUGGUGCAAUGAUCUUAGUUGACAAGAUUUAAGCGAAUAAG